CUGGCAGAGGAUCUAAUCCGCUUGAUUUCCCAAAGGGCAUUUGUUUGAAGCCUUCCGCUCUGAGUCUCUGAGAAUCUUCGAGUCAGAAAGAUGUGGGCAAGCAAAGAAGGAGGGCCGCCGGAGGUCACUCUAGAAACCACCAUUGGCAACUUCACCGUCGAGCUUUACUACAAGCACGCGCCAAGGACUUGCAGGAACUUCAUCGAGCUCGCUCGCAGGGGGUAUUACGACAAUGUCAAAUUCCACAGAAUCAUCAAGGAUUUCAUAGUGCAAGGUGGUGAUCCCACUGGGACAGGAAGGGGUGGAGAAUCCAUUUAUGGGGGAAAGUUUGAGGAUGAGAUAAAACAAGAGUUGAAGCAUACUGGAGCUGGCAUCUUAUCGAUGGCGAAUGCUGGUCCAAAUACAAAUGGAAGCCAGUUCUUUAUCACGUUGGCACCGUGCCCGUCACUGGACGGAAAGCACACAAUAUUUGGAAGGAUCUGCACAGGAAUGGAGUUCAUCAAAAGACUUGGCAGUGUCCAAACUGAUAAUACUGAUAGGCCGGUGCAUGAUGUGAAGAUACUACGAACAUCAGUCAAAGAUUAGAUAUCUUCUUUGUUCUAGAGCUUGAUGAAGACGUGCCUUGGAUCUACCAGAGUGAUCAAAUUGCAAAGCUUCUGUUAACGAUAAAGUCAUAGAGCUUCAACAAGUUGGAUAUUUUGUAUCGACGGAUAACAAUGUUGGCUGGUCGGUGUAUUUCAGUCAUGCAGGGAUACUAAUGGUGAAAAGGGGGAGUGAUUGUUCACUAGACUGAACCCUUAUAUUUGGCACCUAACACAAUUUGAUUAGUAGUUCUACUCUUUUAAGAAUUCUCGCCCCCGACUUGUACAAGGAGGGCGCGCUCAAAUAAACAUCGUCAUUACCAACUA